AGCUCGGCACGGACUCGCGUCUCCGGCUUGAGGGUAGCGUUGUUCUUCCGGUACCUCCUCACCCUUCUCUCUUAACCCACCACUUGUAGUUCUCGAUUUCUCUUGUUAGCAUCAGGAGCGAUUCUAAGAGACUUCUAGCGAUGAAGCUCGUCCGCCGGGACCUAGUCCCCAAUGGACCCGGCAGCGUUAAGGUCAUCCCUGAGGAAGAUGAUGAUAUGUGGCAUGCCUACAAUCUGAUUUGCGUUGGUGACAGUGUUCUAGCUGUUACGAUCAGAAAAGUUCUAAGAGAGAAAGCUUCUGGAGGGCGGGAUGCUGAACGUGUUAAAUUAAAACUGGAAAUUAAAGUUGAGUCUGUUGAUUAUGACAAGGAAGGGCCAGUAUUGCGUAUCCGAGGAAAGAAUAUUUUGGAGAAUGAACAUGUGAAGAUUGGACAAUUUCAUACUCUAGAGAUUGAGCCACAUAGGCCUUUUGUGCUAAGGAAGGACAUCUGGGAUUCGAUGGCACUUGAUGUUCUCCAACAAGCAUGUGAUCCUUCUGCAAGUGCUGAUCUGGCUGUCAUUUUGAUGCAAGAAGGGCUGGCUCACUUGUUUCUCAUUGGCAAAAGCAUAACCACAACUCGCUCUCGCAUAGAGACCUCGAUUCCAAGGAAGCAUGGUCCUGCUAUUGCUGGUUAUGAGUCGGCUUUGAAGAAAUUUUUUGAGAAUGUUUUACAGGCUUUGCUGAAGCAUAUUGAUUUUAAAGUUGUUCGGUGUGUGGUAAUUGCAAGCCCAGGCUUCACAAAGGAUCAAUUUCGUGAUUACUUACUUUUAGAAGCAGAACGACGACAAUUAAGAUCAAUCAUUGAGAACAAAUCACGUCUAAUUCUUGCACAUUCAACAUCUGGUUACAAGCAUAGUUUGAAGGAGGUUUUGGAUGCCCCAAGUGUCAUGACCUUGAUCAAAGAUACAAAAGCAGCACAAGAAGUCCGGGCCUUGAAGGAUUUCUUCAAUAUGCUUUCAACUGAUGCUGCUCGUGCUUGUUAUGGGCCUAAGCAUGUUGAGGUUGCACAUGAGCGCAUGGCUAUCCAAACUCUUCUGAUCACAGAUAGUCUUUUUAAAAAUUCUGAUGUAUCAACAAGGCAAAAAUACAUUAAAUUGGUUGAGUCAGUCAAAGAUUCUGGUGGCACUGUUCACAUAUUUUCUUCGAUGCAUGUAUCUGGAGAACGGUGUUUUGCAGGUUAUAUAGAUUGUUAUAAGAAGCACAAUUUCUUCAAAUUUAAUUUCCAAAUUUGUGAUCAAACAGAACUGGCACAACUGACUGGAAUUGCUGCUAUCCUUCGCUUUCCAUUACCGGAUUUGGAAGACAUUGAGAUGUGAUGGAUCUCAGUAUUGAUUUUAAGAGAUGGAUGUCACAUUCUUGCUCCCACCAGCAACUCUAUACUCAGUUCAAAAUCUUCCCAGCAAUCAGCAUCCAGCACACCGCUAUGGAAUGAAAAUAACUUUUAUAGAUAUGCCAUCAAUGUUUAUCUUCAACUCUGAAAUAGUGGAGAGUAGUGUAAAGAAAGCAACCCAUGCUAUUCUGCUUGUGUACUCACUAUGUGGCUAAAUCAGAAAAUGCAUUCUCAUGCUAACAGCUAGAGAAGAACUAUGGCGCCACCUUUGUGCAUUUUUUUUUUUAAACUUUUAUUGAAGAUGGGUGGUUUGAGUGAUUUCCUAUAUUUACAAUUUCAGCUUGAAGGAGAAUCCUGCACUUGGUUCAAUUUCUUUACAGUAAGCUUCGUUAGGGUUUCAAAAUGGACAUAAAGCUUUCAAAAUUUAUUACAGGCGCACAAGGUACAUUUGCAUUACACUUUCGAUAUACAAGCUGACCUAUUGGUAUUAACAAUCUGCUGUAGUUCCUAUGGUAUCUGUGAUUGCCAGCUACAAUCUCCUUUGAGAGUAGCCGCAAAAGCUGCCAGCCUACCUGCUGCUUGACUCAUUGGUGAUAAGUUGUGGUGUGGGUCAGCCAGAACACAUGGUCUUCUAGCCAACAGCCACAUGUCUGCAAGAGAGGGUAGAGGGAGACAUCCCAGAGGAAAUCCAUGCUGGCUCCAGCAAAGGACCGUCAUCACGAAGUUACCUAGUUAGAUAACUGUUGCCGGAACCAAGAAUUCACCUGCUUUAAGGCUGCCAUGGGCAUGGUGUUCUCCGAGCAGGGGGGUGCUGAUGCAGUAAAAGUUUUCAAAUGGAGGUCGAUGAAGCAGUGUGGUAGUCGGUUAGGAGGUAGUGAUAUCUCCAGCAACCAAAGGUCUAGAAAAGGCAUGGACGUUGUACUUCUGAACCGUGAAUUCAGACAGGUCACCAAGAUGUCCUCUCACACAAGAUUGGUUUGGCAAAAGAAAUUUUUUGUUGUUUAGAUUUUCUAAGCUUUCCCACAUAGGGCUUCUGUGGACACUAGGGACUCGGUUAUUUUCCCUUCAUUUUGAGAGGAGACUACCCCUUUUUCCUUAAAGUGGGCUAGGAAAUUAACUAAAGGCUUCCUCAACUUUUUCUUUCAGCAUUACUGGUGUCAUUUCUCUCUGAAUAUUCCUGUCCGGAUGUUUAACAAACUAGCUGAAAUUAUAAUAUCAUUCUGACAA